AAUAGCGAUACACUCUUCCGCCUGUAGUCUACCUUCAAGUUCGACUGGCGCGAACUUUUAAUAGCUUUAGAUAUUCAUUCUGACGGGGUUAUACAUCAGUCUUUUAACAACUGUGUAGAGUUAAACUUCAGGCUUAUUACGUGUUUACUGACACAUAUACUAAUACAUGAAUGACACUUCAUGUUAGCGUUCUCGCAAAGAUAAACAUAUCGGACUAGUCUAGUUCUAGCUGGCUAGCUUUUUGAUCCACGGACAGCACGGCACGAGCUAAGUUACUGUGCUUUUGUUAGCUUGCUUGCAGCCAAGAGGGAAAGCCGCCUGUAACGUUAACGUCAGCUACAUACCCAUCAAUGUUGACAAGCAAACAUUUUGAAAUAUGUCACCGUCUAAAAAGGAUGGCUACAUUGUAAAAUUUGUGGAACGCAAUGGUCAGAAAAGCAAACUAUCAGCUCAAGCUUAUGAGGCGAUUGUAGAGUUGCAGUCAGAGAAGUAUGUUCACAUCGUAGAUGAAGAAGCAGCAUUACAGCUGGACCACAAUGACAAGUCAUUGUUUGUAUUCAGUGACUUCACCAGCGCUGCGUUUGAACACUGCAGGGAGUUGGGCUGCAGAAUUGUCAGUCCUCUGGUGGUCCUGCACUGUCUGCAGCAGCAACGCUGCGUUCCCAAAGCAGAGAAGCCAGUGUACAGUAUGGCCAUGGCUGAUGUUACCAUCUCUUGCACCAGCUUGGACAAAGAAACCCGGUCAGAUGUGAUGGACUUAGUUGAACUUAUGGGUGGGCGUGUCUACCGUGACCUCAAUGUGACUGUGACACACCUGGUGGCAGGUGAAGUGGGCAGCAAGAAGUACCUGGUGGCUGCUAGCCUGGGAAAGCCUAUUCUUCUACCCUCAUGGGUUAAAACAUGCUGGGAUAAAUGUCAGGACAGUCUGUUCCAGCACUCUGACCUACGUUCAGAGGACUACCUGUGUCCCAUACUGCAGGGCUGCACUGUCUGUGUGACGGGCCUUUCCACUGUGGAGCGGAAGGAGGUGCAGCGUCUGUGCGAGCAGCACGGCGGUCACUACACCGGCCAGCUGCGCAUGAACGAGUGCACGCACCUCAUCGUCAGCGAGCCUUCAGGUCAGAAGUAUGAGUGUGCACGACAGUGGAAUGUAUACUGUGUGUCAAUCCACUGGCUCUUUGACAGCAUCGAGAAGGGUUUCUGCCAGGAUGAGAGCUUGUAUCGCAUAGAGCGAGGGGCUGAGAAGCAGAGUCGUGUCAACACCUCCACCCCCACUGGCUCAGCGAAGAGCAGACCGCAGGAUGGGCCAUCGCUGCUGGGCCUGAGUCACAUCUCUAAUGCCAGUAUGACCGUGAACGACACAGCCCUCACUACGGCAACGGGCAGUCGCCUGGAGACUCCUGAUCCUAUAGAUGCUUUUGAUAUCACCGUGUGUCAAGAUGAGGACUUGCUCGAUGGCUGUAAGCUAUACCUGUGUGGCCUGACUGGGAAGCGUUUGGAGAAACUCCGCCGCAUGGUCAACGCUGCUGGAGGCCUACGCUUCAACCAGCCAAGCGAGGAGCUCACACACGUAGUCAUGGGAGACCCCGACCCCGACAUGAAAAACUUCCUCACCAAAACUACACACAGACCCCAUGUGGUGACGGUGCAGUGGCUGCUGGACAGUCUGAGUAGUCGCAGCCUCCUGCCAGAAGAGGGUUACUUCCACCCGUCCUGCCUCCCUCCUGCCCCGACCCCAGUGGACCUCCAGCCAACCCGCACCUCUGGCUCGCGCUCCCGCACCCCUGCAACUGCCCCACUUGCCCCGAGUCCAGGCCGAGACCGCAGAGCUGAUGACGACCUGCUCUCCCAGUACAUGAAUGACGACACCACUAUUGUGGAGCUGCCACAGCUAGAUGAGGGCAGGACCACCAUGAAGUCCAGCGACAGGCUAUCUGUCCUGACCCCGGCUCCAGCAAGAGCAUCAGUCUCAGCUCCUCCAGACCCACCCCAGGACUCCACCCUGCACGAGCCCAGUCAGGGGGGCCUGUUUGUGGGGAAGCGCUUCCUGCUGGUGGGCUUUGGCGUAGAGGCAGAGGCCCAGUUGUCUCAGCUGGUGGAAGAAGGCUGUGGGAAGUUGCUGGUUGGCCGCAGCAGGGUGGUGGCUGACUACGCCGUUGUCCCUCUACUUGGCUGUGAGGUGGAGGCCACAGUGGAUGAGGUCGUCACAGAUACUUGGCUGGCCAUGUGUGUGGAGCAGCAGUGUGUCUUGGAGCUGUCUUCACACCCCCUCUUCACACCAGUGGCCGUGCUGGAGGGCAGGUCCCCUCUGAAGGGCUGUGUGCUGUCCUUCAGCCAGUUCACCGGGGCGGAGAGGGAGUCCCUCAUUGAGCUGGCCAAGCACCUGGGCGCCAGUGUCCAGGACUUCUUUGUGCGAACAGCCAACCAGCGGAAAGGCAUGCUGGCCAGCACUCACCUGGUUCUGCGCACACCAGAGGGGACCAAGUACCAGGCUGCCCAGAAAUGGGGUCUGCCCGCCGUUUCACUUCGGUGGAUCCUCGAGUCAGCCAGGUGUGGCCGCAAGGCUGAUGAACAGCGUUUUCUGGUGGAUCUGCCGCCUUCCCCAGACCGCAGUGAGGACAGUUUUGUGGGCGGUUCACAGAAACUCCCUGUCCCGGUAGUGGCCCCGUUGCCAACCAGACAUUCCCCGGAUGUCUCCCUACUCGGGCUGCAGAGUGGCGGGGCGGUGACCCCGCUGGACACUAGUCGUCUGCAGAGUCGGGCUGUCCGCUCCGCCCUGCGAAGGGUCAAGGGUCAAAGUGGAUUAGAGGUCACGGAGGGCUCAGACACAGGAACACCACUGGGACAGGAGGGGCGGGAGAAGACCCCCCUUCUGAAAGAGCCACGCUCGUUCCAGCUGGACACACCUUCACGUUUUCUCAGCAGGGACCAGCUGUUCAAGCCCAACUUUGACACGAAGGAUGUGUUGAAUGACCUGAAGACUCCUGGCAACAAGGGUCAGCAGGAGCAGGGUGUGGAAACUCCUCUCACAGAAGUGAUCAAACGGAACCUGAAGGCAGCCGUGGCCAACAGUUCUCGCCCAAACACACACCUCGCCGAUCUGGGGGCCAGCCCACCACUGAACAAGGAGCAGCAGCCCAUGGCAGAAGAACCUGGCCCUUUAGCUGGUGUGGUUAUUUGUGUGAGCAAGAAACUGAGUAAGAAGCAAGGAGAGCUCAAUGCCAUUUCCUCCUCACUUGGGGGCGAUUUCAGAUGGGCUUGUGAUGACUCGGUAACACAUUACAUCUAUGAGGGAAAGGUCGGGGACAACAGUAGGGAGUACAAAGCUGUGAAAGACCGAAGGCUGUAUGUGGUAUCUCAGCACUGGCUGCUGGCAUGUGCUGAGGAGCAGAAGCACGUAUCAGAGUCUCUGUACCCUUUCACCUUUAACCCCAAAAUGAGUCUGACACUUAGCCAGGUGGCCAACACCACCCAAAAGUCACCCCCUCCAGUUGUGCCCUAUGGUCCACCCAAGGCCCAGACGGACCCAGAGGAGACCAGGGUGAGCCUUGCACCACACGACCUGACCGACAUCACGACCCCACAGCGCCCCAGCCAUGAUGGGGAGCCUGAGAGAGAUGUGCAACCAGCCAGUCCAGAGAGGAGAGAUCUGAUGGAGACUUUGGAGAUGCGUGAGAAUCUCCAGCGGCAGCUACAGGAGAUCAUGUCCGCCACACGGCUUACUAGCGGACGUCGCUCCUCGGUACGGCUGGCGCGGGGAGGCAGCGACGGCUCCGACUCCAACCCCCACACCCCUGGCAGUGCCGCACGGGCAGGUCGUAGCUCAAGAACCAGCACGCUGGAGGCUAGGCGCCUCUCAAGGCAGGUGAUGAUGGACUUGAACACAGAGCCAUCUCAGACUGAACAACAGAUUGUGUGGGAUGACCCAACGGCGCGUGCGGAGCGUGCCAAGCUAGCCGACCACCUGCAGUGGCCGGGCAGCCCCUCCCAGCACUCCGAGACCUUGGCAGCCCUGGCUGAUCCUACGCACCCAACACACCCUGCUGAUUCCAUGACCGACUCCGAACUGGUGGAGAUGGCGGCCUGUGAAGUCAUUGAGCAACAGCUUGGACUCAGGAGCAAGAGUCCACCCAGAGAGCCCGCUGAACCCCAAGUCCGUACGCCUAAAGGCCCCAGCAUUGCCCUGCCCAUCUCUAAAGCACCUGCUGCGCCACCUCUGCCCGAAGAAGAGGAGCAGGAGCCUGAGAAGAAGAUCCCUCGCUUCCAGCUGUCCUCCCUCAACCCCCAGGAGCGCAUCGACUACAGCGCCCUUAUAGAGGAGCUGGGUGGUGUGGUGCUGGAACGCCAGAGUUUCGAUCUCAGCUGCACACACAUAAUUGUAGGUCAUCCGCUGCGUAACGAGAAGUACCUGGCAGCCAUGGCAGCGGGGAAGUGGAUCCUCCACCGCUCAUACCUAGAGGCGUGCCGAGCAGAGGGACGCUUCAUUCAGGAGGAUGAGUAUGAGUGGGGUAGCAGCUCCAUUCUGGAUGCGUUGCCCUCCAUCCCCUCCCAGCAGAGGAGGCUGGCCGUCUCUGCCAUGCGUUGGAGGAGAGCCCUGCAAGAUACAGAUGGCACGGAGGGUGCGUUCAGUGGUUGGGUCGUGAUGCUGAACAUUGACCAGACGAGAGAGGCCGGCUUCAGGAGGCUGCUACAAUCUGGAGGGGCCAAGGUAGUGGCUAGCCCCUCUCCCUCACUGUACAGGGGAACCACACACCUCUUUGCAGAUUUCAGUCGGCUGAAGCCUGGGGAUUUCCGCGUGGAUGUGAGCGAGGCCCAAGCCCACGGAGUCUGCUGCCUGAAGCCCGAGUACAUUGCAGACUACCUCAUGCAGGAACCGUCCCCUCCGAUGGAGCUGUACUACUUGCCUGGGGCUGGCCCAGCUGGAGCAGACGUGGGACCGGACACUCCCUCACGCAAGCGCAAAGUCUCCAGCAACGGCAACGCGUUAAAGAAGAGCCGAAGGGAUAACACGCUUGAAUAACUACAGACAUGUUUUAUUCUGACGUGAACUGGACUUUACAACACUGCAUUGUAAUUUAAUGUUUUUAAUUAUUUUCAUGAAUAAAUAAAUUGUCAUAUAUUACUGAUA